CAUGACAGGGUUAGUAGAAGGAGGGACCAUGUUGACCUAAGUGGCCGCAUUGCUAGUUGUGCUUGUAGCAAUCACUGGGAAAAGGAAAGAUGGAUAAAACCGCCGUAGUGAAGGCUGGGGCCGUGGCCAGCGCCAGCGUGUGUGCCCUUUUCGGCGGAGUUGUACUAGCGCAGUACAUAUUUACAAAGAAAAAGAGAGCGGGUAGGAAAACCAAGAUAAUUGAAAUGAUGCCGGAGUUUGAGAAGAACACAGUGCACAUCAAGGACCCUGAACGGGUGGAGGAGGUCAUAUGCAGCCUUAUCAAGGGUGGGGGUGCCAAGCUCCAGAUCAUCACUGACUUUGACAUGACAUUAAGCAGGUUUGCCAACAAUGGCAAACGGUCCCCUACCUGCCACAACAUCAUCGACAACUGCAAGCUUAUCACAGAAGACUGCAGGAAGAAGCUCCUGCAGCUGAAGGAGAAGUACUACCCAAUUGAGAUCGACCCCAACCUCACUAUGGAGGAGAAGUACCCCUUUAUGGUGGAGUGGUAUUUCAAGUCACACACGUUACUGGUGGAGCAGAGGCUACAGAGGGAGAAGCUUCCGGAGGUGGUGCGGGAGUCUGAUGUGGGCCUGAGGGAAGGCUACGAGCAGUUCUUCGACAGGCUGCAGGAGCACAACGUGCCCGUCUUCAUCUUCUCCGCCGGACUGGGCGACGUUCUGGAGGAGAUCAUCCGGCAGGCGGGGGUCUACCACCCCAACGUCAAGGUGGUUUCCAACUUCAUGGACUUCGACGAGAACGGAGUGCUGCGGGGGUUCAAAGGGGAUCUGAUCCACGUCUACAACAAGCACGACGGAGCCCUGAGGAACACCGAGUACUUCAAGCAGCUGAAGGAGAACUGCAACAUAGUGCUGCUGGGGGACUCCCUGGGGGACCUCACCAUGGCCGACGGGGUGCCCAACGUGGAGAACAUCCUCAAGAUCGGCUUCCUGAACGACAAGGUGGAGGAGCGCUUGGAGAAAUAUAUGGACUCUUACGACAUUGUCUUGGUGAAAGACGAAACCCUGGAAGUGCCCAACUCCAUUCUGCAGAAGAUUCUUUAACCCCUGACGCAUCGCACCCUGACUGCCACCAGCUCCGUCACCGCCCGCCCCCCCCCCAGUCCCAUGAACGCACUCCGGCCCCCGGCUCUUCCCCCCUCCCUGCCUUUUUAAAAGACGUUUGGUUUUCUGAAUGAACUGUUUUAAAAUGCACAGACUUGUCUGGUAUUUGUAAGUUCGUCUGAAUGUCUGUAACUCAUUGUCCCUGCUCAUCAAAACAACCAAAAAACGAAGAAAAAAAAAACUGUUCAUGUGAACUUACGUUCUUCAAAUUUGCACAUUAUUAUUAUUAUUCUUAUUGGUACUAUUAUUAUCGUUGUUAAUAAUUUUAUUUUUUAUAUUUUAAUGUGUUUGUUUUGGACAUUUGUGGAACAGUGAAAGAGUGAGGUGUGUGUGCUGACAUUCACCCCUCCCACUCCAGAGUCGGUGUGUGUCACGCUGACUUGUGUAUGUGUAUUACAGAAGGACGGCACAAAAGGUUCUGUAACGACCUUACUGUCCUGGGCCGGCCUGACAGACUGUAUCCAACAUGUAGUUUUAGGCCCCUCCUCAGUGUGCACCCAAGCUCACCUGAUGUUCAGCACUGUGUUGAUCAGGAGUUCUCCUUGAUCACACAGUACAGAAAUGCAACCAGAGUGAAAGAUGUAAGCCAUAAAUAAAAUAAGAGACAACAUGCAUGCAUAGCACAAGUUAAAUAACCACUGUGUGGAAAUAUUCAGUUGCUGAAUUCAAGCAAAACCGAAAUGAAUAAUUUGGAUCUAAAGUGCAAAGCUCUUUUCCCGUUCCUUCGAUGUCAGGCAGUAGGCUGUAUUUGGGGUCUAUAGUUACCACUACCUCCUAAAGUAUUACUUUUUAUACUUUUUUGGUUAUGUAUUCAUUGCGGUGUGUCUUGUCCAUGUAUUGGCUGAUGGUGAUGAUGUCACAGAAACUAAACCUAUUGGAUCUCUGUGCUGUUGCCACUUGCAUGUUGCCUUUUGUUAAAUAAUGAAAUGAUGUUUGGGGGGGAAGCCACAACAAUAAAAACAGGCAAUAACUACUGAAA